GCAACUUCAUUGUCAGCGCGAAGUUUUAUCUUCGAAGAGAAUUCCCGCGGUUCUUGUCUUAUAAUUUCUACGUAAAUCUUUUUUGCAAAUUCUUGUUAUAUUUCCCUAAUCUUCAGGCGUAACUUCAUCGCUACCAAAUUAACGUCCACCGAUGAUCAGCAACGAACCAUGUUUUCGGAAUCGUUGCACGAAAGAUCAUCCAAGCUGCAAGACAUGGUGGAAAGGUUUGUAAGUCAAGUCCGGGGUUUUAAUGCCCAGGAACUGGACAAAAUAUGCAACAGCGAAGUGCCAUCGUUGCUGGACAUGACCAUCACCAACGUCGACCAGAUGAACGAGAUAUUAACAUUGGCCAACCAACAGAAACGAGUCACGUCUUCACCAUCAGACCUGUCCAAGAACAGUAAUAACAAUGAUGGCGUUCAUAGAAGUGACUCUCAGAGUGGUCAUGUUGAUGAUGUUGAGGAUGAUCUGAGUUUUGAUUUGGCACUUGAGGAAGAACUGGAGAACGAGCUUAGAGAUAAUGCUGCAUCACAAGACACGGGCCAAGCGUCUUUUAGCUUCGUUAGCAAUGAAAUCGAUGACGAAUUUGAUGAUGAUGAUGAUGAUGCUCUUGGUGCGCUAUUGGAGGCUGUGGCAAAAUCCGCUCCCAGUAAUGAGAAUGACCAAAGUGUAGCAGAAGAUCUGGAUCAACCUGUAGACCCCAAAUAUCUCCACAUAUUGAAGGUGUAUUUUGGAUAUUCCAAGUUUCGACACAUGCAGUGGAAAAUCAUUAACUCAAUAUUGAAUUUAAAAAAGGACAAUUGUGUUGUCAUGCCGACAGGUCAUGGUAAAAGUUUGUGCUACCAGUUCCCGUCGGUAUUCUCCGGAAGAACCAGUAUUGUGAUAUCUCCGUUGUUGUCCUUGAUGCAAGACCAGGUAUCAGCUUUAAACUCUGCCAACAUUCCAGCCUGUUGCUUAGAUUCUUCUCAGACAAAUUCUCGUUCGACAAUCGAAGACCUCUACAGUGGAGAAUAUCGUUUCCUCUACAUCACCCCAGAGUAUGCCAUCCUCAGUAUUCAGCUAAUAGAACAACUACACAAGGAGAUUGGUAUUGAUGUCAUUGCCAUCGAUGAGGCCCAUUGUGUGUCGCAGUGGGGCCACGACUUUAGAUCUGCUUAUCGACAUUUGGCUAAAAUACGUCUUAACUUACCCCAGAUCCCAGUGGUUGCCCUCACUGCAACGGCUACACCUGAUGUGAUGAAAGACAUAUGCGACAACCUCAAACUGGUGAAACCAAUUGUCACCUGCACUGGAUUUAACAGACCCAACCUGUUCCUGUCGGUCAAACCGAAGUCUGGAAAUCCUGCUGGUGACCUCAAGCCACUGAUGGUUCCCAGGGACAAUGGCUAUGACUCUGACAACUCCACCAUCAUUUACUGCCCUACCAAGAAGGCCACUGCUGAGAUCUGUUCUGUCAUUGAAGGUUUUGGUAUUUCUUGCCGGACCUACCAUGCUGGAAUGUCAGACAAAGCCAGGAAGGAAUCUCAUAGAAAAUUUAUCAAUAAUGAAAUCCAGGUAGUGGUGGCCACAAUAGCAUUCGGUAUGGGCAUCGACAAACGAGACAUCAGAACUGUGAUUCACUACGGCGCUCCCAGAGACAUUGAAUCAUAUUACCAGGAAAUUGGCCGAGCAGGGAGAGAUGGCUUACCCAGUCUCUGUAGGGUCUUUCAUGCUCCUGCAGACUUCAACAUUCAUCGGUUUUUUGUGAAAGACAUUGCCAAUAAAUCAUUCCGCUCGCACAGGCUGAAGAUGUUGUCCAAGAUGGAAACCUUUUUGAAUACUACAUCCUGCAGACGAAAAUUACUUCUUGAACAUUUUGAAGAUAAAAAUGCUUCGCAAAUUGGUGGAGGAGAAGACUGCUGUGAUAACUGCCUCAAAAGGAUGGAAAGUGAGCGCAGGCGCAAGUUUAUGGAAUCGGGUAACCAACUCCAUACAGUGAGAAUUCCAGAUUUUGGCAAACCCAGUGAUUACGGUCAAGAAGCUCGCUAUUUCUUGGAAGCGAUUCAGAUGAUGAAGGGCUACUGUGGCAUCGCGACCGUUGCCCUGUUCUUGAUGGGGUCAGCGGACAAGAAGGUCCUACGUUACACUUCAGAGCCAAACUAUGGCAUCGGAAAAUACAAGAACAAAAAAUUCUGGGUGGCAUUUGGUCGAGCUCUGGUGUGUGAGGGUUACCUGGAGGAGGUUGCUACCAAGAACAGCUUCUGGAUUUCCAUCAGCGUCUCAACGAAGGGCAAAAGUUGGUUGAAACAAGCCAAGCAAGACGACGAGUACAAAUUAGAACUGACGCCAACCCAGGCCAUGAUAGCAGAAGAAAGGGUUCGCAUCCGGGAACCUGUUGCUAGUUCCGCCUACACCUCCAGUUCCUCGUUUGAUUUUGAUAAAUAUACUCGUGCAAAACCAUCAGUUCUUCCUUCCACUGCCGCUGCUUCAUCAUCCGUUGUUAAAAUGCAGCCGAGUGUACCUGAGGUUGACGAACGUGUCGAAGCUUUACAGAUCAGACUCUACCGACUCUUAGCGAAACUCAGGAAUGAUUUUGCCCAGGAAUAUGACCUGCCUCCUCAUGCCAUUGCCAGCAAUAAGAUUCUUCUGGACAUUGUCAGAAUUAGACCAAAAGAUAAAAAAUCCAUGUUAAAGAUUGAAGAAUUCCCUCAAGCCAAAGUCGAAAAAUACGGUGAUAUAUUCCUCGACUCUCUGGUGCCAUUCUGCAAGGACAAUGAUCUGCAGCUAGACAACUUUCCGGACGUUGAAUUUGAAGAGCCUAACUUUGAAGAUUUGAAUGUCUCACUAUUACCGAAGCUUGACCUGUCCAGUUUGUCUGAGACUCAACUCACUUCAUACCACCUGUUUGCAACGGACAAUAAAAGUUUGGACGAAAUAAGCAAAGCAAGGAACCUGAAGAUUAGUACUGUGCUAAACCACCUGUGUGCAGCAAUAGAAGCUGGUGCCAACCUUGUUAUAGAGCGGUUAGGUUUACCACUUUCUACGUACAACCAAAUCUCAGCUGUUAUAACCGGACCAAAGAUUUCUUACAAUGUCAGCCGUUUGACACAAAUCAAAGAUGUGCUGCCGAGUACUGUGGACUUCAACCAAAUAAAACUUGUUAUUUCACUGCUGAAACAGAAGAUGGGUUUUAAGACAACUGUUACUGGUGAAACUUUUCUAUUAAAACCAAAAGAAGAAUCGGAUUCUUCUCCAGCCCAGUCUCCAAAGGCAGAGGCAAAGGAAGAACCACAACAGCAGAAACCACAACAACAACAACAGAAACCGAAACAGCAAGCAGCUGGAGGAUCGGGUGGUGGAACUGGUGAUUCCACUAAGAGAAAACUACCGUUUUGGAUGAUGUCAAAACCUGCCAGUAUGAGCAAGAAGCAAAAGCCUUAAUUCAUGCAAAAAGGGGCAAUGGGGGGAGCCAGCUUUUUAUGUCACUCAUACAUUGUUUAAA